AUGUCCAUGCCCGAAGACCGACUAAUAACACAAAUGGUUAUACCAGUGUCUAAAGAAAGUUAUUUCAAUACUAAGUGGGAAUCGAAGGAAAAGCCAUUGUGCGCCUACGACAUGUUGUACCAUCCUCCAGAUUAUAACCCGAAAUCCGCGAGAUCUGAUCGACAGGAACCUAAAAUUAUAAAAAGAAAUAUAUGGGACCAAGCGACCUUGCAGGAAUUACAUAAGAUUGUACCGUCGACGUCGCACUUUCAAUUGGGACGACCAACAAUUAAAAUUAAAGAUGUCCCUACAAAACAAUUCGUACGUAUUCAAGUAAAAAAUGAAAAUCCGCACAUGCGCAUCGACGGCGUCUUGCAAUGGGCCGUGCUACUCAGCGACGGAAAACCGAGUUUAUGUGACCAAUAA